AUGGGAACAACAGCAGAGGACAGCGACGAGUCCGAAGACACAUGUGUGAUAUGUCUGUCACAAGUCACCGAAAGAGCUGUUACGGUCCCUUGUAAUCACUACAGCUUUGAUUUUGUCUGCCUCGUAAGCUGGCUGCAAGAACGGUCGGCUUGCCCUUUAUGCAAGACAGAGGUAACAGCUGUUCAGUAUGACAGGAAGGGCCCAGAUGAUUUCAAGAGCUAUAGCAUUCGCCGCACCCAUACUCCAAAAGACCCAUCCAAUGUCACUGAUAAUCAGCGGCAGUCGUCGGGCCUUACUGGAUACGGCCCGCCAGGUCGAAGGAGAUGCAUUCGCCGAACAUUCUCUCCUCCAGCAGAUGAUCCUGCGUUACGCAAGCGUCGAGAAAUUUACCAAAGGGGGCUGUUUUCAAUGCACGUUGGCAGCAAUCCUCACUCGGGCUACCGCGAUGUCACGCCUCAUAUGAUUGCUGCGCAUCCAGAGCUUCAGUCAAAAGCUCGUACAUGGAUACGUCGUGAGCUUCGCGUCUUCGCAUUUCUACAUACGGAUCCUACCGGCUCAUCAUCCCAAGCAGCAACAACGAGUAGCAACGCCGAGUUCCUGCUUUCGUACAUUGUAUCUGCUCUGAAAGUAGUGGACAUCAAAGCCAGCAAUGGGCAUACUGAGAAUCUUUUGGCUGAGUUUCUUGGUCGAGAUAUCACUAUUUUGUUCCUGCACGAGCUCCAGGCCUGGCUGCGAAGUCCGUUCACCAGGUUAAAGGAUUGGGAUGAAGAAGUGCAAUACGAGGAUACCCGAGAAUAG